AUGUCAGUCUCAAACGAAGUCCGCGAAUGCGUGCAAAUUCUUACUCCCGCCCAGACCGACAAGACUCUAAAUUCAAAUCUGCGGUUGGAGCUCGCCAACAUUCUGUUCAGACUGAAGAUCUGGGCAGGAAAUGUCGGUGUCUUUGCGUCCGAAAAUGCCUCUUUGGACAAUCGGCUUCGCGACGAUCCAGAUCUGGUCCAAGUGCUUUUUUCGAUGACGGCCAAGCUGAAACAAAGUCUGUUCAAAGCGGUUCAUCCACCAUUGCUUGAAGAAACCGACGACAAAGUUAAUGAGGUGGGCAGAGGGGGGGACACAGGUCCAAUCUCUUCGGGAUCUUCAUCUGCCUCUUUGAGCUUGGAUUCAAGCGCAGAAAAUUCGGGCUCGAAUGAUGGCGUCGAAGGUCAGGAUCCUUCCGCAAUUUUUGUCAAGGAAGCCAACAAUGUGAUCGAUAGACUUUACAGGCUGGCUACAGUCUUCAGAAAGCCUGUAUCCUCCUCUGAGGAUGCCAAAGUCCGGGAGCUUAUCAAGAAGCUGAAAGAAAGGGGACAGACUGAAGAGCUUGAAGAUAUUCAAGACCACGCAUGGAGCCACAUCAAAACACACUUUCCGCAGGCACCUGAGUUUCUAAUUAAUCGCUUAGUCGCGGCUGUGGUUUUUCGGCGGAUGAAAAUUCGAUACAGACAACGCCACCAGUCGAAGCUUAAUCACGGCCUUGAGUGGGCAUUUGCAGCCGCGAUGCUGGACGAAGAAGACACGGGAACGCCAGCUGCUGGGGCGGGACUGUUGAAUCAAACUUCUGGCAAACGCCACGACCGUUCUAGUGUCAGGGGCAAGGGUCGCGCCCAACCAAUGCUGCACAGCGUAGCUUUCUCCAAGACCAAUGCUUCAUCCGUCAACCGUGCCAAAUUUGCGGACUAUGCAAAGUCGACCGCGUUAUCGAGAAUCACGAAGGCGGCAGUGGUCAGACGACAACGACUCGACGUGCCACCACCACCAAAUCUUGAUGGCCAAGAUCAGGCCCAAUGCCCUUACUGUUCAAGAUUGGUCAGACAGGAAGAAAUGAAGGAGCCUCGUUGGACGCGGCAUAUUCUGAUGGACAUUGAGCCGUUCGUUUGCCUCUUCGAAGACUGCAAAGAGAGCCACACGUUCUUCAAGACAUCAGAGGAGUGGCUUGGGCAUCUUCGAUGGCAGCACACGAUCGUUUACUCCUGCCAAGCUAUUGGCCAUGAACGAGAGGUCUUUAGCUCAUCCGAGGACCUGGAGGACCAUAUACGGGGAGAACACCCUGAUACUUUCACAGAAUCCCAAUUGCCUGGUCUCAUCAAGCAGGGCACCUUGCCAGCCCCAAACACUUUCACCGUUCUCAACCUUACACUUUCGGUGGCCGAGUCUAAGUGUCCGAUUUGUUGCGAGUUUGUUCCCCGGCUAGUGAACGCGCAGACCACGGAUGACGCAGCACCGGAUAUUACCCCCGAGCAGAGAAUGCAGAACCACAUUCUCGAGCACCUCGAGGCCAUUGCCUUACUAGCACUUCCUGACCGCGGCGAUGGAGACGAUGCGGACUCAAAUGCGCGGCAAUCAAGUCUUGGCCUUGGCGCUGUAAAGAAAAAGAACACACACGAUCUUCCUUUGCCUAUAUUCGAGGACAUAGCUGCUGGAACACCUGUGGAUGGAAAUGUGCCCGACCAACAUGGUCACGACGAUCGUUGGGCCGCUGUAUUUCAACAAGUCAAGCAGUCGAGCCUCCCCGAGCCUCGCGAAGACCCUGUCCUUAUCCAACUUCAAGACCGAAGGAAGAACAAGACAAAUGAUCAAGCCAUAAUCGAGGAUGUAGUGGCGACAAAAGAGAAGAAUCUUGAUGAAGGGCAUCUCUCUCGAACUGCCUCACAAAAUAAAAGCCCCGCUGCCUCAGAAACAGGGCACCAGCAGAUGUUGCAGCCUCAACCCCUGUCCGAUCAAGAAUCAAGCACUAAUGAAGAGGCCGGCGAAUUCGGCAACGUUCUUGAGGCUGCAUCACACAGGAAUCUUUCUGCGGAUUCCGCCGACCCUGUCUCUCCAGAUAUGGGCUCCUUGGUUCCCACAGCCGUCCACCCUCCUAACACAACAUUCGAAAUCCCGGCUUCCCAGUCCUCCCCAGCAACAAAGACAUUCGAGGUGCCGAAGUCUCGAGCUAAGUUUGUUCUUGGUGGGUCGUCAGAGGAAUCCUAUAGCGAUCAUGGCAACAGCGUCGGGACGCCAAUUGACGACGUCAUUGACGAAAUCACUCCUACUUUUGCAGGUUUUAGGCAGCAAGUGCUGAAUAUGAAUCCAAGGCUAGCGGAACAGAACACAUUCCUGACUGAUCGCUAUGAGGCAGACUCGAAUGAUGCCACGCCUUUGAUAGAAGCCAGGAACACGGCAUUCUUUCCGCCAAAUAUUCCUUUGCCGCCGAUCACCUCUUUUCCUGCACAGUUCGACACCUCGAGUGGUGGACGUGCGACGUUGACGACUGUCGACAUACUUGCUACCGAAGAGAUAAUUUCCUCCAGCAUCUCAUGCCACCAGGAGAGUACAUCAAGGCCUAAAGACGAGCCAUGCCGAUUCUGCGGCAAGGAGUUCUUAACGUGGAAAAGCCUCACUGUCCAUCUCGCCAAGCAUAUGGAGGGUAUAAGCCUCCCCUUGGUACGCCUGGUGGCUCGCCAGGAGCUCGACGCCAACACCAUUAUCAAACCCGUACAGGAGCCGCCACCCAGUACUUUCCCGUCUAUCAUAUCGGCGCCGCUCUUCACUGACUCGCAUAAGCCUGGGGGAAACUCGCCAGCUGGAAUACUGGGAGGCGUCGAGUUGUCUACAGGAGAAGCAUCUCGCUACUCAGACUAUCAGACUCAGGAGCACGACGCGGCACUUCAAUCUGAGGGGGGGCUAAGCGGCAAGAGAGAUGGCAGUUAUUUCACUACGCCAGGCUCCAUGCCUCCCUAG